CCCCUCCAAGAAGAAGAUGCAGUGCAUCUCCAACAUCUCCAUCAUGGUCAUGUACCUCAUGUACUUCUUGGCUGCCCUCUUCGGCUACCUCACGUUCUACGGCCGGGUGGAGUCAGAGUUGCUGCACACGUACAACAAGGUGGACCCCUUCGACGUGCUCAUCCUGUGCGUGCGGGUGGCCGUGCUGACAGCUGUCACCCUCACCGUCCCCAUCGUCCUCUUCCCGGUGCGCCGGGCCAUCCAGCAGAUGGUGUUCCAAGGGAAGGACUUCAGCUGGAUCCGCCACGUCACCAUUGCUGUGGUCCUGCUGACCUUCAUCAACCUCUUGGUCAUCUUUGCCCCCUCCAUCCUUGGCAUCUUCGGCUUGAUCGGCGCCACCUCCGCUCCCUGCCUCAUCUUCAUCUUCCCCGCCAUCUUCUACAUCCGCAUCAUGCCCAAGGACAAGGAACCGCUGCGCUCCACCCCCAAGAUCUUGGCUGCCUGCUUCGCCCUCCUUGGGGUGCUCUUCAUGAUCAUGAGCUUGAGCUUCAUCAUCAUCGACUGGUCCCUGGCAAGACGUGACCCCACUGGCCCAGCAUUAGGGGGCACCCUGGCCCCCGUGGGCGUGUGUGGUCCUGCCGCCGCAGCUGGCGAUACCCUGCACGCUGCUCUUGAGCCUGCCGGGGGAACGGUUGGCUCCCAGUACCUGUGGACAGGACCUUGGUGA